GUGUGUGUGUGUGUUUGCGACUGUGUGUGUGCGCGUGUUAGCCAGUGUCUGUGACUGAAGCUCGCUGCUUUCCAAGCUCUCCCUGUCUCUCCUACAGCUGCUUUUGGAUCCAUCCCGAACCUCAACACACACAUACACACAUACACACACGCACACACCCCAACAGCCACCAACUAACCACCCCCACCAGCUGCAGCAGCAACAGCCUCCGCCGCCGCCGCCUUGUCACAUGCAGCCAGCCGAAGGGAGAUUUAACAGCAAGGGUUGGCUGUGCCUCCGCUUUCCCUCCUUCUGCAAGGCGAUCCUAGCCAAGCAACGGCGCUGAUAUGUUUUUAUUUAAUUUGUCUUCUUUCUUUUCUGGGAGGCUAAGGGGGUGGGGGGACAGUAGGGAGUGCGGACACUAGAUGAAGGGAGCGAUGAAGAUUAUUGUUCUUUUUAAGGAUGUCUUCCUCCUCCUGCCUCCCCCUGCCGCCUCUCCAUUGAGCCUUCCUACAAGAGAAGAUGAACCAGAGUCAGAGAUGUAGAGAGCAAAAAACAACACGAGCUCCAUCCAGCUAGGAGGACCCUCCUCUCCUUGGAGGGGAGGGGGAUUUCCAGCGACACAUCAUUGGUGAAGGGAAUCGCAGAGUGAGCAGCCCCCUGAGAGAGGGGGGAAUCCCACAGCCCUUUGUGGUGCACAAGCCAGUGCUGACUGCCGAACGUGGUCUGUUUGAGCAAGUUAUGCCAAUAGAAAUACACUUUGAGAUGGAUUAUUACUUCAAUUGAAUAUUCUGCAACUCAUUCUUUGAAGGAUAUUGGUUCUUCAGCCUCAUCCAGUUCAAAAUGGCAGAGAAGGCUCCCCCUGGCUUGAAUCGAAAGACUUCAAGAUCUACUCUUUCCCUUCCACCAGAACCUGUGGAGAUCAUCAGAAGCAAAAAUUGUUCCCGGAGAGUUAAAAUAAAUGUAGGGGGCCUAAAUCAUGAAGUGCUAUGGAGGACUUUGGAUAGACUUCCAAGAACGCGAUUAGGGAAGCUCCGAGACUGCAAUACUCAUGAAACUCUGCUGGAAGUGUGUGAUGACUACAAUUUGAAUGAGAAUGAAUAUUUCUUUGAUCGACAUCCUGGAGCUUUUACAUCCAUUUUAAAUUUCUACAGGACAGGGAAACUUCACAUGAUGGAAGAAAUGUGUGCCCUCUCUUUUGGUCAAGAGCUUGAUUAUUGGGGAAUUGAUGAAAUAUACUUAGAAUCUUGUUGCCAAGCAAGAUACCAUCAAAAGAAAGAACAAAUGAAUGAAGAAUUGAGACGAGAGGCAGAGACUAUGAGAGAAAGAGAAGGAGAAGAGUUUGAUAAUACCUGUUGUCCUGAGAAACGGAAGAAACUCUGGGACCUGCUAGAGAAACCUAACUCAUCAGUGGCUGCAAAGAUUUUGGCCAUUGUAUCCAUUCUAUUCAUCGUACUAUCCACCAUUGCCCUGUCUCUCAACACCCUACCUGAACUUCAAGAAAUGGACGAAUUUGGUCAGCCUAAUGACAACCCACAGUUAGCACAUGUUGAGGCUGUCUGCAUAGCCUGGUUUACAAUGGAGUACCUUUUGCGCUUCCUGUCCUCACCAAAUAAAUGGAAGUUCUUUAAAGGCCCAUUAAACGUCAUUGAUUUACUGGCCAUUUUGCCAUAUUAUGUCACCAUUUUCCUCACCGAGUCCAACAAGAGUGUGCUUCAGUUCCAGAACGUGAGGCGGGUGGUGCAGAUCUUCCGUAUCAUGAGGAUACUCCGGAUCCUGAAACUUGCCAGACAUUCAACGGGCCUCCAGUCGUUAGGAUUUACUCUGAGACGGAGUUACAAUGAAUUGGGCUUGUUAAUACUCUUUUUAGCAAUGGGGAUAAUGAUAUUUUCCAGUCUUGUGUUUUUUGCAGAGAAGGAUGAAGACGCUACCAAGUUCACCAGUAUCCCCGCCUCAUUUUGGUGGGCCACCAUCACCAUGACUACUGUAGGAUAUGGUGACAUCUACCCUAAAACUUUAUUGGGAAAAAUUGUGGGAGGCCUCUGCUGUAUAGCUGGGGUGCUAGUGAUUGCCCUUCCCAUUCCAAUCAUUGUGAACAAUUUCUCUGAGUUUUACAAGGAACAAAAACGUCAGGAAAAGGCAAUUAAAAGGCGGGAAGCCCUGGAACGAGCUAAAAGAAAUGGAAGUAUUGUUUCCAUGAACCUAAAAGAUGCCUUUGCUCGGAGUAUGGAACUUAUUGAUGUGGCUGUGGAAAAAGCAGGAGAUUCUGCCAAUACUAAGGAUUCCACGGAUGAUAACCACCUAUCUCCAAGCCGAUGGAAAUGGGCCAGGAAAGCAUUGUCUGAGACCAGCUCCAACAAAUCCUAUGAGAAUAAGUAUCAGGAAGUGAGUCAGAAAGAUUCCCACGAACAACUCAACAAUAGUUCUUCAAGCCCUCAGCACUUAAGCGCUCACAAACUAGAGAUGCUUUACAAUGAAAUUACUAAGACGACCCAGCCCCACUCACACCUGAACGCCUCUGACUACCAAGAGCAGGCUGAAAAACCACCCGUGUAUAAAGAGGAGAUUGAGAUGGAGGAAGUGUCCUGCCCUCAGGAGCAGCUGGCUGUGGCCCAGACAGAGGUCAUCAUGGACAUGAGGAGCACCUCUAGUAUUGACAGCUUCACCAGCUGUGCUACUGACUUCACAGAAACCGAAAGAUCCCCCCUCCCACCCUAUGCCAGCACUCACUUACAAAUGAGAUUCCCCCCUGAUCCCACGGGGGCAGAAGAGCACCAAAGAGCCAAGGGACUCCCAUUUUUAACCCUCACCAGGGAGAAAAGUUCUGCCCCUAGAGAUGCUACAUUUGAAUAUACUCCAAUUGACACCACUGGGAGCCCAGACUCAGUAGUACCCCAGUCUGUUCUGCAUGGUCCUCUUCAGUUUGACAGUGCAACAGAGAGUCCAAAAAGUUCUCUAAAAGGCAGCAAUCCCCUAAAGUCCAGGUCCCUGAAAGUGAACUUCAAGGAGAGCAGAGGCAGUGCCCCCCAGACCCCACCUAGCACUGCCAGGCCCCUGCCGGUCACCACCAUGGCAGACUUUACUCUACCCACACCCCAACAUAUCAGCACCAUUCUCUUAGAGGAGAAUUCCCCCCAGGGUGAGAGACCCUUACUAGGCACUGAGGUCUCAGGGCUCUGUCAGGGACCUGCAAAGGGUACAUCCCCUCUGUUUCCCAAACAAAAACUAUUUCCUUUCUCUUCAAGAGAGAGGAGGAGCUUCACUGAAAUAGACACUGGAGAAGAUGAAGACUUCUUAGAGCUCCAUGGAGCCUCUAAAGACAGGCGGCCAGACCCCAGCUCAAAUUGCUGUGGGGAUAAGCAUAGUGAUGGAAGAGACCCUUUAAGAGAAGAGACCAGUGCUCUCUCUUCCUCCCCACAAAACACAAGUCACAAUUGUAUGCAAGACAUUUAUCAAGCUGUGGGAGAAGUAAAAAAAGACAAUAAUCAAGAAGGGUACAAGAUGGAAAACCAUUUGUUUGCCCCAGAGAUUCACUCAAAUCCUGGGGAAACAGGUUAUUGUCCCACACGUGAAACCAGCAUGUGACUAGUUUAAAAAGCAAUAAAAACUUGUUUCUUAAAAACUACAAUUAGUAAAGCCUAUGAACUAAAAAUGGGAAGCCUCCCCCGUCUUUCCCCUCUCCCACUAAAACAAGUGCAUAAGAUGUUAUUUUUGCAUGGCAUGAACAGUUUAGUUUAAAUACUGUUUAAAUAAAGAGUCGAGGCUGCUUUUUGUAACAAACAACCUAACACAAAUGACUUCAAAACAGUGGAUAAAAUAAAGAGAGCUCUAUCAGGAAUUGGCAUUCUGCAACGUCUGACAUUUUUGAUCCUUUCACUUAAUUAGACAAAUUUUAAACUUUUAAUUAUUUUUUGGAUUCCAAUGAAUUUUAGAAUUUGCACAUGAAAGGAUGAAAUGUCAAUGCAUGCAUUCAUAACAAUGUGAAAAAAAAAGGUGCUUCGAGCUUGCAAAAUGCAUCUAUUUGUAAAUAAUGGAUCUGGGGGAGCCAAAAAUCUCAAGAAUAUACGGAAUUAAAUUUCCAGGGACACAAGUACUUCCUUCAUAGCCUGAUGCCAGGAGGAGCUGUACAGACUUAUGUUGCAAGAUUGCAACCUCUAUUUAAAGUAUUUCAUGUACCUUGCUUUCUAUUAUAAGGCUCAUUAAGUCUAUUAGUUUAUUUAAGGGAAGACAGUAUUUUUAGUUCUCUGUGCUAUGUCAUAGGGUGCAUUUUUUUAUUUGCCUUUGUUUAAUUGUGGCAUUUGUGGUUUAAACUAUAACUCAUGAGAAUAGGCAAGAUUUAAUGACCAGAAAAUAAAUUAUUUGAAAUUUUAUAUUAAAAUAUGGCAAUACCUAGUCAUCAUGGCAUUCUCUAUAAUGGAAAAUACCCAAUUAGAGCUAGAAGAGAACUCAGGAGUCAUAGUCUCCCUCCCCUUGUUUUACAGAUGAAGAAUUGGAGGUCCAGGAGGUACAAUGACUUGCACAAAUUCAAAAAGAUAAUAAGCAUCAAAAAUCAAAUUAGAACUCAGGUCCUCUGACUCCAGAGCCUCCUGCCAUAAUACCAUGAGAAACCAGAACAUAAUUGAAGUUUAGAGCAUUUUACCCUUAAUGAAAUAUUUUCCACACAAUGACUUUCUGAGGUAAGUGAUCUAAGUAUUAUGAGUGAGUCCUUGUUACAGAUAAGAAAGCUGAUACCCACUGAAGUUAACUGUUUAAUCCAAAGACUCAUGGUCUAUGAAUGGUAGAACCAGUACUCAGCCUAACCCACCCACCAAUUUCUAGGCUCCCAGUCCAGUGCUUUAUAACAUACUGCCCAAAAUUCUACUUAACAAUAAUUUUUUAAUGGUCGUUUUGAUCCAAUCUUAUUAAAAUAUGAAAACUUGUUUAUCUUAGAAGCUACUACAUUUUCCUCAGAUUCAACAUGGGCUGUCUCCCUCUCCUUCUGCUGACAUUCCAAUAGACACAUGAACACUUCUUCUUCCCUAAAGAGAGUCUUCAUUUAAUCUUUGGAUGAGUGAAGAGGAAAUAGUCACUAAAGAUGCCUACCAUAUUGCCAAUGGAAUAUUUUGAGGUGCUGAAAAAUAGCACUAUCCUAAAAAAUAAGAAAUCUCAUUUCUCUUUUAUACUAUGCCAUUAGCUUGUUUCAGAAAAGUCACCAAAACUCUCUGCCCUUCAGUUUUCUCAUCUGUAAGAAUGUGGCUUAAAUGAUUUCCUGUGUGCCUUCUUUUAGCUCUAAAUUUCUAUAUUGCAGUAGUUUUUCAGAAAUCUCUGAAAUCUACUUGACUGUAAUUAAAGAUAGGUGAAUGUCUGGUGAGAGAAACACAGUUCAGAAUACACUGGACCAAAAUACAAGCACAAAAUAUUUUUUAUAAGAAACUACAUCAUAAAUUUUAUUACCAAGUCACUUUCUUUUAAUGAUGAAUCUAACUUAAAACUUUUACAAAAUAUGAUUUCUUUUUGAAUAGAAUCUGGUCAUUAUCUCUCAAUUUUGAAUGCAAUUUGAAGGAAGGGUUCUUAAUUGAAAUACAGGUAGCCCUACUAUUGAAUAUAAUUUUGCCUAUUUAUUUUCCACUGUGCUUACAACUUACAAUAAUUUUCACAUUUAAUUGUUCUGAAACAUAGCUCUUAUAUGUUAUGAUCAUUAAUCACAUAUGUUUAUUUAAAUUGUUUCUUAGUUGAUAUUUUCAAUGACUAAGACUAAAUGAGAAUCAGUUUUUAUAUGCUUAAAGUGUUGGUCUGUAUUUUCUAUAAACAGUUUUCCAAAAUCAAACCUAAAGGUAUUUUCCAGAAUACUGGCCUUUAGGUUAAAUAUAAACAAGACCCAAUCACCACUUUACAAUGUGUCUACAUGAAAUGAGGUGGUGUUGGGGUUUUUUUCUGAAUGUUCUGUAAUAAUGGGUCUUUAAAAAUAACAAAGGUAAACAACUUUGUGUCUUUUAUCUACAUGAUACAUGAUGAAACAAAGAGUGCAGACAGUUUUCUGGGGUGAAUUUGUCUUACUGCCCAAAACAAUUCAACAAUGAUGUAUCUGUUAGUCCUACCCCAGGUUCUGCCCAAAGACCCUAACUCUACAACCCAUGAUAUUGAAAGCUUCCUCUCAGAAAAGUGACCCCUUCAGCCCUUUGCUUUAAAAACUGUUUUAUGGUUGAGAAUUUUAAGAAUUCUGCUACUCUUCCUCCAAUUUUCCCUAAUUUUUUAUUGUCAAAAUCUUUAGUAGAAAAGAAAAACAUUUUAUUCCUCAGACAAAUAAUCUCACAAAGAAAUAUAUCUUGAAUCUGAAGGCUUCCAAGAUAGUCUGGAUAGUAUACUGAAAGCUACCUGGAGAUUAUUGAUGCUAGGGAAUAUUCCUUACUGUUAGCUACAACCUAAUUCCUGUUGAUACUUGUCACUGAGCAAAGAAUGUGUGGAUCUCAAAAGAAAUAGUCUAUGACAUGGAUGAUCUGUUCAUUCUGUUAAAUCUAGCAACUAGUAUGGAUUGUCACAAGGUUUGCUUGGCCAUAUAAAUUCAUUUUAAAAUAAAAAUAAAGCUAUUAGUUCAGCCAUGUCAUUGCCUAAUUUGCUCAGAAUAGCUUCAUUUAAACUGCUUACCAGAACAUUGGUAGUUCAUGAGCAAAGAAGAAAUCGAAGUGUAUAUCUAGUGUCUCAUAAGGAGGAGUGAGUGCCUGCCAUAAGCACUAAAAGUUAGGACUAGAAAAGUCUUCUUUAAAUGGUAAGAAAAAAAAACUACAUUGGACCAUGAAGAUAUUAACACCCAUUAAUGGGUGCUAUCCCACGUGUACAGACUUAGAGGAGCAAAUUAUCAGAGAAAACAAUAAUGAUUUGAAAGCUUAAGUAUAUCCUCUCAAACUACCAAAAAUUCCUAAGGAGGUUUCAAGAGAUUAUUUUGUAAUUACCUAGUUUAUUAAAAGUAGUAUUUGGCCAGUUAACUACAUUCAUUUAUUUGAAAAAUUAUUAUGGACAAUGAAUUGUGGUCAUUUCAAUUGUUAUCAAUUGAAUUACAUUGAUAUUUAUGAAAACAUAAAAUUUUGAAAUUAAAUCAUUAUAUUAUUAUUGCAUUUAGGAAAAAUAUAACUUUGUAUCCUGUAGCAGUUUCUUCUUCUAAGACCUUGGACAUGAAAUACAUUAAGCAAGAGAUCAUAGUAAACUAAUUGUUUCAUUGAAACAAAAAGUAAAAUGUACUUGCAAAUACCUUUAAGCUGUGUUCAAAAUAGUAAGGAAAAUAUCUUCCCUUAAGAGCAGAUUGAAGAGGAUUAUGGAUUGUUUAAUAUAGUUUUAUUCUAAUAACGUAAAAUCAAUAAAUGCCUAUCAAAAUAAUGUAAUGAAUAAAUGAAAUUCUGAUUUUUAAAUAACUAUUUUCCUAGGAAAUAAAUGGUGAAAUUGAUUGGUUGCUAUGAAUUUCACCAUGUUGUCUUUAUGAAAUCCAAACUGUGAUUUCAUAAAAUUUAUUUUAAAGAACAUAUAAAUAACUAUUUUAACCCAAUAAGGGAUUAGAUUGCUUUUCCUCUAAAUUAAUUUUAAAAUAAUUGGUUUCAUUUCUAUUUAUCUAGAGAAGUUGCCAAAUUAGCACAGGAAUUAAGAAAAUCUCUAUGAAGAUUUAUAUUUUUAAUUAACAAUUUUGCUAAUAAUAUUAAAAGCAAAGGAUUUUUAAUGAUUUUCUUACUUAAUAGCCACAUGUUAAAAGCAAAAUAUUGCUAUUUUUUUUAUUUUGGAAGUAUUUUUUUUGUUUUCUGGUUUUUGGUUCAAUCUUUAAAUUCAUGUGGUUUAAAUUUUGGUUAAGAUUCUAAAAUCAACCUUCAUUCCUUUCUGCCUGCUUACCUGUCCAUUUUCCUUCUUUUCUUCUUUACUUCCUUCUCAUUUUCCUUUCCUCCUUCCUUCAUUUCUACCUUCUUUUCUCCUGAAACAAGUCCUAUGAAACUUGAAUGAAAAUGGAAAUUUGAAAAGAAGGCACAUUACCAAUAAAAAGGGGGGAGAGUUCUAAAUCCCAAAAUCUUAGAGUACUUCCUAAAUUGUUGAAUUCCAACUUAAGGAAUAUUACCAUUUAUUGACUGAUUUCAAUUUAUGCUACUUGCCUGACAUAAUUGAAUAAAUAUUUAUUUUUCUAUUAUUGCCA